GCGCACCUCACGUGAGUACGUCAAGGACAACAGGCUAAGUCACUUUAUGAAGGCUACACACCUCGGAGUGCGAGUGAACGUCAACAAUUCCUACUCGAUGUCCUGCUUCAGGUUCAGAAGCCCUUGGUGAACACACAGCUCAUUCAACUUGGUCAGGAGCUCGUAACCGACCCUAGUAUGUAUGUGUUGCCAAACGACGAAAUUUUGCAGGAGUUUUUGAAUCAGGCUGGCAAUCAGGAAAUUUUAGGUCGCAACGACAUCUACAGCCCAGCCGACAUUUCAAAUAUCCGUCAGUUGGUAGGACUUCAACGUUUCUUUGUGCUUGCCCGAGAUUUCUAUGUAUUCCAAAAAAAUGUUGUUUAUGCGCGUCUCUAUUUCAACGCCGUCAUUUUUGUGGACGCCUUGUCUCUAGCGAUACGUGAUCGCCCAGAUACACAGGAUCUUGUGAUGCCUCCAAUGAACGAGAUUUUGCCACAGCUGUACUACGACAACUAUGUACUCAAUUCGGCACAAAAUGUUGACUACAGAAAUUUGAUUUAUCAAGCCACUCGUACAAAUGCAAAAGCUAGUUUAUUCGAUUACUUUGGUCUAGGUAAAAUAAGUUCGUUACUCGAAGGUGGUAAAUACGGUUUGUUCAAUCCAUUGCAACAAAGACGUAUUCAAGUCGCAUAUGACCCUCAAGAUAUUGUCAUUGCGUCUUCGAAUCAACGUGUAAACUAUAGGGAAAGUCACCCUGACUAUUUUGGCGAUAGGAAUGAAAUACCGGUAGAAAUUGCAUUGCCUGUAGGUGAACAAAAUGGACUCGCCACUGACUUAACGAAUGACAUUGACCUUAAUGUUGCCCUGAAAAAUGUUAUUAUCGAUCAGUUGACACAAACAGUUACCGAAGCAAUUGAAGGAGGCCAACAAAUCGGUGAUAUAGGCAAAUAUCAACAGUACCACCAACAAGGACAGUACUAUAAGCAAGGACCUUACUACCAGAAAGGACAGUACCAUCAGCAGGGACCGUACUACAAUAAGGGACCAUACUACCAGCAAGGUCAGUACUAUAAGCAGGGAUCGUACCAUCAGCAAGGAGUGUACAACAAACAGGGACCGUAUUACAAGCAAGAAUCGUAUUAUCAGCAAGGACCGUACUAUCAGCAAGAAUCGCACUACAAGCAAGAACCGUACCACCGUAAAGGACAGUAUUAUCAACAGGAGGAUCGACAAACCGGCCGUUAUAGCAAUGCCAAUGAAGAAGCUUCUCGGGUUCGCCGCGACCAACAGAGCAUAUAUGAUGAGGAAUCAUAUAGCCAAUAUUUGGAGAGGCAAGAAGGUUCGCCAAAGCAGAGCGUAGUAAACACCAAUGAAUUACCCAAGGUUGAUGCAUCCAGCGAACGUCUACUCGGUGUCGGUCGUAGACAUCGUGUGAACGCCGCUAACAGUGGAUACUCAUAUAACGUAUACCCGUUCUAUCGCCAACAAAAUCAAUAUGGCAACAAUGAUCGGGAAUACGGCUCAUCAUUAUAUGGCCGGCAACAAAACCAAGACGCUGAAUACGAUUACUAUGAACAAAAAUAUGGAUCAUCUUACCCCUACGGCCAUGAACGAAAACAGGAAAAUCAAUAUGGUUAUAGCAAUCAGGAAUACCCUUACGGUCGUUAUCAAAAGCAGGGAGCCCAGUAUGGUUACAACGAUCAGAAAUAUGGUUCAUCUUAUUCAAUCAAUCAAGGAGCUCAAUAUGGCAACAAAGACCAGAAAUACGGUUCUUCUUACCUUUGCGGCGGUCGAAAACAUCAAGGACAUCAAUAUGGUUAUGGCACUCAAAGUCAACAGCAAACAUAUCCUUAUGACCAGCAAAAUGUUGCAAACGUGGAAGAAAUGAUCAUGAAUAAUGAUGACGAAAAUGUGGUCA